UUGAUAUAUAAUUAUUAUAUUGUUUUCCCCGCAGAUGUCGUGCGGACUGGAAAAUACCGACAUCUCUUCCAUCCACAGUUCCUACUCAACGGAAAGGAGGAUGCAGCCAAUAACUAUGCUCGCGGUUUCUACACCAUUGGUCGUGAAAUCCUUGAAGUCACCCUGAACAAAAUCCGUCACGCAGCGGAAAACUGCGAUUCGGUGACAAAUUUCCUCCUGUUUCAUUCAUUUGGCGGUGGAACGGGGUCGGGAUUUACGGCUCUACUGACUGAAUACCUGACAGCGGAGUACGCCGCAACUUCUACAAUCCAGUUCGGUAUCUACCCGUCGCCGAAAGCCUCUACAGCCGUAGUGGACCCAUACAAUUCAAUACUGAUAACUCAUGCCACUCUUGAUCUCACCAAAUGUUCCUUCCUAAUGGACAAUGAAGCGCUGUUUUAUCUCUACGAGUAG